AUGGAGCUGCCACAAGUUCCGUCGUCCUCAUCCAAGUUUUCACUCAAGUGGUUGAAACCACAUAAACGCGGACUCCCAUCUUAUUCCGGACGUUUUGCCGUUGGCACAUUUGAUGUUGAAAGUCCAAAGACUGAGACUGGUCUGCCAGGCGUAUUAUUCAGGGCAUUCUAUCCCGCUGACCCAUCAUGUAUACGAAAAUUCAGGAAGGCACAAUGGAGUCCUAGUAUAAAUCACGUUGCAGCGUAUGGAGAAGGAUGGGGCCUUUCCGGGUCUGUUUCAUCAAUCGUGCUUCCAAUACUCUUCUCGCCACGCUCAGCAGCGUUCUUCAAAGCACCGCUCCUAUCAGGUGAUGAACGACUCCCUAUCGUCAUAUUCUCACAUGGAUUGGUCGGCAACCGGUCAUCAUACAGCACGCUCUGUGGCGAGAUCGCAUCACAUGGAUUUGUAGUUAUUGCAUUAGAACAUCGUGACCAUUCAGCUAUUCUGUCUCAGAUUGGAGGAGAUGCUGGCACACAUCUGAAAUAUAUAAGACGAAGAGGGUCUACGCCCGAAGCCCUGUGGAAGUGGAGGGUAGAGCAGCAGAAUUUGAGAGCUCAGGAAGUGGCAGCUGCCAUUGAAGCUUUGAGAAACAUGGAUACUGGACGAACAAUAUUCAACUACCUUGGGGAUACACCUACAUGGUUUGAAUCACGGUUAGACUUCAACAACAUGGUCAUGAUGGGCCACAGCUUUGGAGGAUUCACGGCACUCUCUGUAACUCAAACAACAAAUCCAUUCAAAUGUGCCGUCUUCAUUGACACCUGGUUUUGGUACGCAGCACUACACGGCAUAGACCACCUCCUCAAAGACCACCCAACAUACAACAAUGACGUGACAAUCCCAUUUCUUUUCAUAUCCUCUGAGAAUUUCCACGAAGCAGAGAACUUGGCUGCAGUGCAAAAGCUCUUCAACAACCCAACAAGAAAGGAGGAUUCGAUACAUAGUCUGAUACUGGGAUCACGACAUCACAAUGCUUCUGAUUUCUUGUGUAUAGCACCUUUGACGCUAUGGCUGAUAGGGCUUGGUGGUGCUGCAGAUCCAAGAGAUGUGUUGCGGACGCAGACGGAUUGUAUACUGGCCUUCGUAUCGAGACAUGUUCGUCUACCAGAGAAUUUGAGACUGCUGCCAAGUAAUGAAGCUCUGCUAACUGGAAAGGGAGGCAGUAGAAACGUUUCUGUAGGAUUUCAGCACGUCAUACCUAAAAAACAUACACGAAGGACUUCAAUGGCAUAA